AUGGCACAGUCCGCAACGCUAUCUCGCAUGCGUGCGCCAUUACUAGCGCCUGCUUUAUUACUCCUCGCAACCCAGUCUCAGCAGCAGAGUGUGUUCAAAGAGGCCCUCAGAUGGUAUGAUAGAGGGUUGGGCUAUGUGCAAAAGACCUUGAAAUCAGCCGGUAGUAUACCGGACAAUGAGAUGCAUUUGCUCGUACCCGCGGCAUUGUUGAUGUCUUUUUUCGAAGCUAUAAAUCCCACUCUGGAUAGCGGAUUUGAGCAACAUAUUCUCGGGGCAAUUAUACUGCUUGAAGCAAAAGGGCCAGAAACAUUUGCGACCCCGGAGUUUCAUGAUUUGUUUCUUGCUGUUAGAGGUCACGCAGUUACUGUUUCACUCAUGACGGGAAAAUCCACUUGUCUCGCCGAAGAGAAAUGGCUAACAGUCCCAUUCAUGUACACCACCAAAUCCCCCUUGGAUAGAAUCAAUGACUGCCUGCUGGUGAUGAUGAAUAACGUUUCAUGGAUGGAAGAUAGACCUGCAGGUUUGAUAGACCCAACUAAGUCAACGCUUGAUGACCAAUGUAUUAUAAGGUUAUCCUGUUUGAUGGUCGAGCUAGAUGAGAUAUGGAGCCAAAUAUCACACUGGGAAAUCCCUCGAUCAGGGGACAACUCAGAAACAGGCCAGUUUUCUUCUGGGUGCGUUUAUACAUACACCAACGCGCAUCGGGCAAACAGUGUCGCAAUUCACAGUCUUGCUAGAUUGACUCUUCUACUGCUUCUUGAUCGCCAAACUUCUCCCAUGGGCAAAGGAGACUACAGAGAAAUGAUCAUGCAGGCAUCGGCUUCCAUUAUAUCUGCUGCAACAUACCUAUCUACAUUUGAUAUCGGAUGUGCAUAUCUAAGAAUAAUAACUCCGCUGCAAAUUGUUGCUCAACGCAGUCCUAGCAACUCGCAGAGAGACUGUGCCGUGCACAUCCUGCAGCAAUGGUGGGCAGAAAAACCUCUAAAGGGGCUGACGUGGAAGGCACUACAGACAAUAUCUCUGAGUAACAAGAAAUCGACGUUGUUAGUGGGGGAUUAA